GGACAAAGCGCGGAGCAGUGUGGGUGAAAGAACAGAGACAAACACACUCAGAAAUGGCUCUGAAGAAAGAUGAGCAAGCAGGGGAUAUGCUGCCGACUAAAGGGGAGUCUGACUCAGAAGUUAAGCUCGUUCUCUACCACUGGACUCAUUCCUUUAGUUCCCAAAAGGUACGCUUAGUAAUUGCUGAAAAGAAACUGAAGUGUGAGGAACAUGAUGUAAGUCUGCCCCUGAGUGAACACAACGAGCCAUGGUUUAUGCGUUUGAACUCUUCUGGAGAAGUGCCUGUCCUCAUCCACGGGGAAAACAUUCUUUGUGAGGCAACUCAAAUCAUUGAUUAUCUUGAACAGACUUUCGUGGAUGAAAAGACACCCAGGUUAAUACCUGAAAAAGAAAGCAUGUAUUACCCACGGGUCCAGCACUACAGAGAACUCCUUGACUCCUUGCCCAUGGAUGCCUAUACACAUGGCUGCAUCUUACAUCCAGAACUAACAGUGGACUCCAUGAUCCCUGCUUAUGCAACAACAAGGAUUCGCAGCCAAAUUGGUAAUACCGAGUCUGAACUGAAGAAACUUGCUCAAGAAAAUCCAGACCUUCAGGAUGCAUACAUAGCAAAGCAGAAACGUCUUAAAUCAAAACUACUGGAUCAUGACAAUGUAAAAUAUUUGAAGAAAAUACUUGAUGAGCUUGAGAAAGUUCUGGAUCAAGUUGAAACUGAAUUGCAAAGGAGAAAUGAAGAAACUCCAGAGGAGGGCUGCCAGCCUUGGCUUUGUGGUGAAUCUUUCACAUUGGCAGAUGUAUCGCUUGCUGUCACAUUGCAUCGACUGAAGUUCCUGGGGUUUGCAAGGAGAAACUGGGGAAACGGAAAGCGACCAAACUUGGAAACCUAUUACGAGCGUGUCUUGAAGAGAAAAACAUUUAACAAGGUUUUAGGACAUGUCAACAAUAUAUUAAUCUCGGCAGUGCUGCCAACAGCAUUCCGGGUGGCCAAGAAAAGGGCCCCAAAAGUUCUUGGCACCACCUUUGUGGUUGGUCUGCUUGCAGGAAUGGGAUAUUUUGCUUUUGUGCUUUUCAGAAAGAGAUUUGGCAAUGUGUUUUUAGCGCUGAGAGCAAGACAAAAUUAUUUCUAGGCUUGUGCUGUGUUGGCUGUGGCAACUGAUGUGGCCUUCCAAUUGACACUUGCCGCUUGCCUAGGGCUGGUAAAGAAUUAUCCCAAGUGAGUAAGAAAGCGUGCUGAUUUAAUUUCCUUUACUCUCUGGCUAGCUCAUAAGUGGAGGGCAAACUGUAGGAUAUUUGUGUGUGUGCGUGUGUGUGUCCUUUGGUAAAUUUUGAGUACUUAUUUGAAUUAAUCCAUCUUUAAAAAAAAUGGGCAAGGUGAAUUUAUAUAAAAGAUGUCUUAUACAGCUAGACCAUUGUUUCAAGAUAGCAACUCUUCCUUGUUAUAUAAAUGAAAAGAUGUGCUGCUGAAUUAUAUAUGGUGUUUAUUAUUGUAAGCAGCUAAUAGCAGUAACCUGUGCUUGCAUGUAUUCCUUUAUCUGAGCAUCCCAAAGUGCUUUCUGAACUUGAUCUCAUUGGUCCUUGCAAUAUCAUAUGACAUCAGUGGACAUUAUCCAUACAAGCUAGAAAUUCACUCCAGUGUUCUAGGCCAGUGGGCAUCCAUUUCCUUAGUUUGGAGGGUCAUCAGCUAAUGAAUGCUAAUGAACACUUAUUUGUACCCUUUUGUGUCACUGGUAGCCUUAAGGCAGAAACAGGAUAAGAGGGAAAAAAGAAGAGGAAGCAAUAAGAGGGAAAGAGAAGAAAAAGAUACAAAUGCCACCGUGUGGAAUGUUGGGACAAGCAGUUUAUUCUGAUUUUAGUCCACCGGGGCCAUUAGUUACUUGUCCCCUUGCUAAAUAAUACAUUUACUGAGAUGUCUCACUGGAGCUCUUGGGCCUGUGAUAAGAAGGAUGGAAGUAUUUCUGAAGGUAGUGGUUUGGAAAAAAGUCUGAAAUUUACCUCUACACCAUUGCAUUUAAAUCUGGUUGGUUUUUUAAAAAAUACAUUUGAAUCUUUAGUAACGUCAAUUGCUUUUCCAGUUGGAAAUUUGGCAAAGGAUAUCAAACAGAAUAUACUCUUGCCUAGAAAAACAGUGGAACAUGCCUGUUUGAGGGUUAUAUUGCCAUUAGUGAUGAAGCAAAGCAGUCUUACUUUCCAAACUUGAACCUAAGAGAGGCUUAGGGAAGUAUCUUGGUUUUUUUGUGUUGGGUACCAUGAAUAAAUACAAGAAAUCUAAAAUGAAGUGAGCUUCAAUAUUCAGAAAGGGGCCAUUUGGUGUAAUGGAAUGAGUUGUGGGCCUGGACUUAGAAGACUUCAGUUUUUAUCUUUGCUUUGCCAUUACCAUAGAAAAAUCUUUUAACCUCUCUGAACCCCAGUUAUCUCAUCUUUAAAAAGAAGGGAUAAGACUAGAUGAUCUUUAUGGUCCUUUCUAGAUCCAACAUUUCUGUGAAAAACUUGCCCCAUGUCAGCCUCAGGCUGGCCAUGUAGAAAUGGCCAAAGAAUGCACUCAUUCCUCUCUCUUCCUUUUCAUUAAUAGGAAACAGUCAUACCUAGAAAACAAUAACUUGUUGUCAAUGGUAAAAAAAAAAACAACACACACAACAACACAUUUCUGUAAUUCCAUGGCAUGUUCCACAGUUGGGGGGAUCUUGAUGAACUGGUUGUGCUCCAUUUACAAAAACUGAAUAAUGUCUCCAGAGUAAACUUAAUCCAAUAAUAUUAACAUGCUGGCAGCUUUGAUUAGGUUUGUGCUCUGUAUUGAAAUGUAUUAUGCUUUGGUGUAUCUGCAUUGAUUUCUCUGGAAAAUCUCACUGUAUGUAUUUAUAAUGUAACCCAUCAUUGCAGGUGUUAGUAAGUUGUUUAUGGUAUUUCUUGGCUAUUCAGGUCACUGUCAUGUUAAAAGUGGGAACUUCAGAAUGGCAAAACAAAAUUGCAUUUUUGUGAAAGGAGGAAACUUUUACUGAAAAAAAUUCCUUGGCUAGGACACAGAGCAGUAGUUUGGUGCAGAAUAGUCUUCCAGUUUUUAUUAUUAAUAUAGCAAAGACAAGACCAAUAAAGUUUUAUGAAAAACUUUCAGUCCUUCACGUGCAAAGAUGAUGCCAUGGACCCCUAUCUGGGAUGUCUCUUUAAUAGUAAAGUAACUUGUUGAUGGAUUUAAAAUAACCACAAGAUGUCGCUCUUCAUCUAGUACUACUCAACUGAUACCAGUUCAGGAUAGACAAAAGUGAAGCACUGGUUUCCCUAGUGCCAGUCUGGAGGACAUUUCCAUGAGAUCAGUCAACCAGAUGACGACAAGUGCUAUUUAUUUCUUAUACUAUAGAAAGGCACUUCUACACUGGAAAGCCCAGAAUUGUACUGUACAGCCGUAGAGCCCAAUGCCUGUUAUCUAUACAAACUGUUUUUAGAAUACCCUUGGUUGCGAGACGCUCUCUUUACGUGUUCCUAUUCAUGAACAUGAGGCUGGCUUAAUUGGCCUACAAUACACAUUGCUGAGUCACCAAUUGUUUUUUCAAUUUCAAAAAAGUCUAUAAAGAUUAAAAAUUGAAGCAUAUUAAAGGGACUAAGAAGGAAUUUCAUCUAAAGUUGGUUGCUGAAGUCUCAUCACUAUAAUCUCAUUUUCUUACAUGUUUUGGUUCUAUUUUCUGAAGUUCUUGUGCAACUUUUGGUGAUCCUGGGUGCUGUCAAUAACUUAUGGAUUAGAUACAGUCUUCAGCCACUUUUAUUUCUGUUAUCACCUUGAUCGAACACAAACCACACACAGCCACAAAGAGAAGUAGAGAUGCAAGAUAAUAUUCUCAAUGUAACCCCUUUAAGUGUAAUUGGCCAAUAAACAUGGAUUUUAAAGCAAAAAUCAUUGUAGCAGAUUAUUUUUCUGAUCCAUAUAGAAUGAUUUAUGGUUAGAAGCUAGGUGGCACAGUGGAUAGAGUGCUGGACUUGGGGUAAGGAAAAUUUGAGUUCAAAUUUGGCCUCAGACACUUGUUAGUUGUGUGAUCCUCAAUAAGGCACUUAACCUCUGCCUGCCUCAAUUUCCUUAUCUGGAAAAUGGGGCCAAUAAUAUCACCUUCCUCACAGGGUUGUUGUGGGGAUAAAAUGAGAUGAUAUUUGUUUUAGUAUUUUGCAAAUCUGAAAGUAUUAUAUAAAUGGCAUUAUUUUUAUUUAUAACAUGCUGAUAGCAAGUACUUUAGAUGCUACAUUUAAUUUGAUAAUUACAAUAACCCUACAAAGCAGUAGUAUGAAUACUCUUACCCCCAUUUAACAGGGAGGAAGCCAAGGCUUAGAGAGAUGACUUAUCCAAGGUCACACAGUUAAUAAGUAAUAAGGCCAGAACUUUAGGUUUACUGUCUUUAAUUCCACUAUUUUUUUAUGUUACAUCAUAAUACCUUCAUAAAAUGUAUAUUCAUUGAUUUGUUGUAAAUUAAGGUAUAUUAAGAUAGAAGAAAUAAAGCAAUUAAACAUUUGUAAUGGCAAGCAAAGUGGGACUUUUCCCUGUUUUUUCUUUUGGAAUGCUUCUCAGCACUAAGGCAAUCAAGUGUUUUUAAUUGAGUCUUGCCUUUGUUUCAAUCAAGAGUCUUUGAUUGAAUCAAGAAUCUUUGAUGACCUGCUUAAGUCACAAGAAAGCCUAAGUCACAUGAGUUUGAGUCACGUGGUUGUGAUACCCUCUGACCCUGAAGAAGUAUAUAUAUACUCUGAGUUUAGCAUUUUGCUUGGGGCUCACUCAUUGGAAGUGCAUUCCUGUAAUUUGGAAAAAUGAGACUCUAUAUAGCCACUAAGGAGCCCCUCAGCUUUGAAAACCCAGAUGUUGGUACUUCUCUCUCUGGUAACUAUGUACGCAUUGCUAUGGACAGACAGAAGUCCUGUCUGCUGAUUUGUGUUAUUUGCUCUGUUUAUAUAAUUUCUGCUUGUAAUUUCUGUUUGUGUUUUCUCUGAAGUUCAGGGUGCUGACUUUUUUCCCUGAACUAAGUGAAUGAUAUAUGUAAGUUUAAUUAAAGUAAGAUUGUUAACCCCUUA